AUGUCGGACAACGAUAAUGAUAAUGAGCUUCGGGUGGCGGGAGCCGCACUGGCUAUUGCCAUUGCGGCAUUUCUUGCUGCGAUGCUCCAGCUUGUCCAGGCUCUUUUUGCUUCUGCGAGAGGUCUUCCCAAUUGCGACAAGAGGGUGAUUGGAGACUGGGCGCAGUACACAGUACACAGACUCAGGCUCAAGCAGUUGAGACUCGAGGUCGAAUUUGAGGCGCCUGUUAUUUUCUUGGCGCCUGAAUCUCAAACCAAGGGCCCGGUCAAAGACGAGAAAGUGUCCACGAAGGAGGUGUGGCACGCUGAGGGGACACAAUCCAGCUGUAAAAUGAGUCGUAUUUCUUGGAAUGAUGAUGUGAUACGAAAGAUAAAAGAAGACGGUACACGAAGCGAAGAGAUUCACACCGUCGAUAACGCGCGUGCUACGUGGGUAUGGUUGCUCGUCGCUGUUGAGAGAAUGGAAAAAGAAUCAAAAGAGUGGGAAAACUUCAAGCAGAACUUGGAAGAAGGGCAACCAGAACACGACCCUCCAACUCUCACGGUGAAAAUGCAGGUUAAAAAAACGAGCUUCGAUACAAACCCAGAAAUUAAGAAACCGUUCGCAACUACAACCAUUUCCCAUCUGGUCGAGCUUGCAGCAGUGCUUGGGUUGUACUGGAAGGUAUUCGACAGGGACGACAACCGAUACCGGGCUGAAGGGAAUGGCUAUAGCCUUACGGGAUCUCGCAUAUCCGACUUUGGAGUAGUUUUUGUCUUUGAAAAGACAGGUCCAACGGUUUUCGAAGCAAAUCGUAUCAUUCCGACGUCUGAAGUAAAGGAACUAUGUUUUGGUAGAGUUCCCACAUUAUACCGGCCCAAAAGUAGCGAUAAACCGGAAGAUUUGGAAUGGCAAAAUAUCCAGAAAACAUCAUCCGGCAAUUCGGAUUUAAAAGUCGAAAUUCUACAACUGGGAAGCCGAGAUGAGAUUGCAGAAACUCUCACCCAAAUCGGAUGCAAUGUUGGGACAACGCUCUUUUACAAAGAUAAAAACAAACAUCAACAUGAUCAUCUAUUCCCAGUAACUUUUGAGGUUAUGGGGAUGCUUGCUAGAACGUUGCACAUCAAGGAUCGGUGUUUUACAUUCUUGCCGAACCCUACCAUAUAUCGCUGGAGCAGAGACUCUUUCUCAAUAUUACGUCUUCUGGGCGCAUUCACAGACUUUCUUGAGCGAGACCACGACACAAUUCGCAGAGCAAAUACGAAGCCCAGCGAGGAAAUCAAAGUAGAAUUCGACCAUGUUGACUCUCUUUCGCAAAUGGCGAAUACUCUAUGGGAAGAUUUGGAAACCGGCGGAGACCUCACGUACCACCAGAUGAAUCACCUGCACAAAGCCAUAGACUUAGCAGAUAGUAUACUUACAGCAGGCGAGUCACCGUCAACAAACCAGACGGUGGUCUUGGACGUGCUACGUCGCCAUCUGCAGGAGGUUUUAGCAGCAAUCAAUAAAGGCCCGGAAAAAGACGGCAACAGAAUCGCAGACGGGCGUGUAUCCUUUAGUGCUCUUUUCAAAGGCCCGUUAGAGAAGAGAGAACAAAGAUUCAUGGAGAUAUACUUUGAUCAAGUUCUCCUCCGCGUUGUACCCACAACCACCACCGACACGGAGUCUGGUGAUCAAGAGCAGGUUUCACGGGCGAUUCAUGAAGAUAGAAUCGCACGGUCCAGCAACGGACAUGUGGCUAAUGGCGCCUUGCCAUUCUCACAUACUCCUAGUAUAUCACCGACAGACCCGUCGCCCGGCCUUACUCAAAGGGUUACAUGGCCAAAACCGGCAGGAGCGGCAAGAGAUGAUCCAAAGUUGAGGAUCAUUGCCAAGGAGCCGAUUGAGAUGCAACGUCUUACAAUAUGGUAUACGCUAGUGUUUCGUAUGAUUUGCUGGCUGAUGCUACAUGACUUUGACAAACGAGAUGUGCAAGUUCCAAACAGCGACUUGAUGGGCAACAGGCAGCCCGUAUUCAUUACAUGA